GGUCGUUCUCUCUCUCUCUCUAUAGAAAUUUAUAUCACAGAGGCUCAAAAAGCUCUCCCAUGGAGUUUGGAGCUGUUAACUUUCCAUCAGUGGGUUCUGUCGGCCACAAGUACGCGUCGAGUUAGUCCCGAUUGGUAAAGAUCUGAAGAUUCUCGGAUUCGGGUUCCAAGAAGGGAAGCCUGUGCUGUGGCACUUUCCACCUCGGAUUGAGCUUGAGCCUCCGGGAGUUACUGUACAGUGCUCAAGAUGUUAAUUCAGCUGGCUAGUGGGUUCUUUAAUUUCUAGGCAGGAAUUUUAGUUUAGAAAUAAGACUUUUGUGGGUGGAGUCGGGGUAGAAAUUUUGUGGGAAUUCUUUAAUUCUGAAAGUCCUUUUCUUUUAAUGGAGUCGUGGAGCUAUAUUUCUGAAGGGAAGGCUUUUGUAUCAGAUGAGACUGUCUCGCAAUUUGAUUUGCUUGCAAGGAGCAAAAAUGCCGUCAUGAAUUGGGAACUAAGAAGUCCGCCUAGUUUUGGCAAUAGUGUGGUCGUCUUGGGUCAAGAAGCAGAUGUUGGCCAAGGUUUCGGCCAACUUGGUUUUCAAGAAAUAAUCAGGAAGCAAGUUCAACCUAAGUCCCCCAGGCAUGUCUUGACUGAUAAAUUUGAUGACGGAAAUGGUGCGAGUCAGAUUAUGGCUACCUUGGAUGCUUUUGGGGGAGAAGAGGAGUCCACUUCAAAUUUAUCGGUUUCAGGGGUUGACUGCAGUACCCAAGAUUCAUUGCUCAUUGACUUGAAAUUGGGAAGAUUUGGUGAAUCCAGGGAAGUGCUCGGCGCAAAAUUUCCUCAAGGAGGGAAAAAGGUUUUAUCUUCUUCUGAAUCAUCGACACCUCCAAAGCGAGCUCGCUCUGGUGCAGCGAAUUGCCAUACCGCUUAUUGCCAAGUUUAUGGAUGCAACAAAGAUCUCAGCUCUUCAAAAGACUACCACAAGAGGCACAAAGUGUGUGAGGUUCACUCAAAGACUGCCCAAGUAGUUGUUAAUGGAAUUGAACAGCGUUUUUGCCAGCAAUGUAGCAGGUUUCAUUUGCUAGCUGAAUUUGAUGACGGUAAGCGCAGCUGUCGUAAACGUCUCAGUGUCCACAAUGAGCGUCGCCGGAAGCCUCAUGUUGGUGUUCAGUCUGGUAGUGUUGGCAGGCUGUUGCAGUCAUACGAUGGUAGCGGGCUUGAGAGGAAUCUGUUAGCGCCAACCUCCUUCAUCUGCCAAGAUACACUUGCUGGCGAAAAGUUUCUGAAUUCUGGGCUAUAUGGAAUGAAUAAUUGGUAUGAGCGCAUCAAAGCUGAAGAUGAAACCGGUCUUGGUCCUCCAUCAGCUAUUCCCAUCCCAAACAGGCAUCCGAAUGCGAUAUCACUGAUCUCUCCUUACAAAUUUGAGAGACAAUUUUCCCUCUUCGAUGGAGGCAGAGUAAAAUCCACAUCAUGCGGCAUUUCCAGUAAAAAUAAUCAGAUUCCACGUGAGCUGGGUGGGCAAAACUCUUCACAUUCCUCUUUUCAAGACACCUCCUUCGGUAGUGAGGACUUUGCUAUUUUCGACACAGCAUCAACUGUACAAGGAAUAUCGGGGAUCGUAGAAUCUGGCCUUGCUCUCUCUCUUCUGUCAUCUCUAUCUCAAAAUUCUUCGAGCCGCUCCCGAAUUCCCAUGGCUCAGUCUUUGUUCAUGGCAGGCGCCGACUAUCAUUCCUCUCUGUGCGAAGCAUCCGACAAGCUAGUGGAUUUGAGUUCGCAUGCUUCCAUAGGGGUGGAGUUGAAAAAAUUGUCUUCGUCGGUGAUGGACUCUGCAGAAGGAAACCUCCCAGGUCAUACCAUGAUUUCUGAUUUGGAGAUCUCCGAUGGGAUUCUGCAGGGAUCUGGUUUUGUAAACUCCAGGGACAAUCUUUCUCCUAAAGGUGGUGGUACUACAAUGAACUUGCUUCAAUUGUCAUCACAACUUCACCGUGUGGAGGAUCGAAGGCAAUCCAUCCAUUUGAAGGAGCAAAAUGAUGUUUUCGGUUGUCCCAGGAUCACUUGAGCACUCCAACGCGAGGUACAAGAGGAAAUCCUGGAAACUCCAUUUACUCGAUGGGUAGGUAGCGCCUGUAUUUCUUUCGUAUUCAGUUUGCUUUGUCGACAUUCGCUUUAUUGGAAAUCAACUGUAUAUACUAUGAGGAGAAAUUAUUUGAUUAUUUUUUCCCA